AUGGCGGGCGUCGCUCGCGACGCAGGUGAGGAGACGGUGUUCCUAUGUUUGGAGGCAAGCGACUUGUUGCUGGAGCCGAUGUGCAGCACCUGGGAGCUCCAACAGGAGUUGGUUCCCUAUGUGCUCUCGCACUCCCUACAGCACGAAGAUUUCCUCAAACUCCCCAAGGCAGAACGCCAGGCGAAGGUGAAGAUCCUGACGCAGCGGAUCUUAAGCGGCGGCGAGACGGGAGCUCCCUCAGGCGAUGAGGAGGAGUCGCCGGGACAGCUCAGGAUGGCUGAAGCGCUGAGUCCGCAUCGCUUCUGGGCACACCUGCGAGCCAAGUACGGCACUCGUUUGGGCUCAAUCCUGGAGAUGCUACAACUGUUAGAGCCUCUCCUCAAAGCCAGGCGCGUGGUGGUUUUGCGCUUCGAGGGCGAGGUGGACAUGGUCUCAGCGUCCUUGAUCUUGCGGGCUUCCCGGCCUUGUCCUGCCUCAGUGCCCAUGCAGGAGAGCUGGCAGCGCGACUUUGUGCCUGGCACCUUUGGCACUGGCAGCCUCAACGCUUGGCUGCAAGAGGUCAGUAGCACCUCCUCGCGCGUGCCACCCUUAUGGUCACGCUUGGCCGCUGCGACAGAAGGCCUCGAGGUGAACGCCAAGGCGUUCGCCCUGAUCCUUUGUGCGCAAGCCUUGUCCAGUGAGACUGUCCCAGAGGCCAUGGCUGUCGCUGGCCGCUCCUUCUGUGAAGACCCACACCGGCCGGUGCCAUGCCUGUCUGCAGUGUCCUUUGGACAUGACUUCACCUCAGAAAGACUUCAAGCCUUGGAGGAGCUGUGCGCAUGGUCUGGGGGAUUGUCCUUCAAUGUGGACGAACCAGUGAUGCUGAAGCCCGCGGCCGAAGGCCUUGCGGCACACCUCUUCAGCCAGGUGAGCGACGAUGGGCGUUUCUUCGAGCGACGGCGCUACUACGCCCAGAAGCAGGAAUUGGGCACCUGCUUCAUGGAGCUGCCCAGGUUGGUCAAGUGCCUGGAAGGUGACUCGACCCCAUCGGUCACACCGUUGCAUCUCCAUCGGAGACACUCAUGCUCAGGGCUUCCGGCACUGUUGGUGAAAGCUUCGUCGCUCAUUGACUAUGCCGUACCCUCUGAAUCGAUGCUCACGGUGCUCUCAGAUGUCACCUUGGCCUUGGCUCAUCGUUGGUCCAGAUCCUUGCGGGUUUGGAGGAUCCGCCGCGGGCUGCGGGACCUGGUCUUCGGGGAGCCCGGCAGCAUCGGCUUGGACUUCGAGGAGCCGAAGCCGGAGGGAGAGGGAAGCACGACGUGGAGAUUGCGGGCGACGCAUCCGCCGGCGUCUGCUUUGAAGAUGCAGGAAGGCUCCGAGCUGGUGGCCAUCCACCGGGUGCGUGUGACCGAGCGCACCGUGCGGAGCGAGGUCGCUCGGAGGAUCUCCUCAAGGCCUGUCUCCCUGACUUUCCGCCUGCCCAAGAGCAAGAAGGAAGUGCCGGAGAAGGAGAUUUUCCCAAUGGUGAUCGCAGAGAUCGUGGUGAGUGAGCUCCGGGAGGGGUUGCCACCCUUGAAGACGGCACAACCGCCGCUGAGCACGGCCGUGCAAAAGAUCCAAUCUGCCAAGGCACGCUGCACGCUGCAGAUGCACCAGGCUUCUCGCUUGCUGCAGAGUGUCCGUCGCUGGGGUACCAUGCCCGGCACCUCCGUGCCCACUUGGGUGGAAGAUCUAAAAGUGGACAGCCCCUUGGGCCGCCGCUGGGCCAAAACGGCCUCGUUGGAUCUCUUUGCCCGGGAGCCAGGACUCCUCUACCGCGUCUUGCUGUUCUGUGGGGAGGCUCAGACCUUGGCCUUUGCUGGCCGCAGCUGCUCUUGUUGGCGACAACUUCUUCUUGACAUGGCGCAACGCUCGCCACGUCAGCUUUGGAGUUGGGUCCUAAGACAUGGACGCAGCCUCUCGGCACGACAACGCAUCGGCUUUUGGCAGUGGUGCUUGGGAGAGGAUGACAGCAAACAUGCUGCAGCACUCAUGGCUGCCGCGGCCGCCCGAACGAAGCGUUCGGAGACCAAGCGUUCGGAGACCCCGGAGGAGAUCUUGCUGGGAGCCGCUGUUAGGAGCGACCUCUUGAGCCUCUCCCGUCUUUGCAGCGGCUUGGGCGGCACAGUCCCAGGCCUCGAGGUGAGCAGUGCCUCUAUGCUUGCGCUCUUGGAUGCCUUAGGCAGUGAACCCAGGGACUCAGCUGCAGCACUCAUCGUGGAUCGCUUGUUGCAAGAGCCAUGGCAUUGCCAAAGGCUGUGGCUCCUGUCUGACGCUGCCCUGCCUUGGUUGGUCAUGCAAUGUCGCUACUUCCAGGUGAUCAUUGCCGCGCAACUGCCCAAUCUGUUUCGCCACUUCAUGGGCGAAGGUCUGGCACCGGAGCUCUUCUUCUGCGCAUGGCUUCAAGGUGGGGUCUUUUUUCAGAGUUGCUUGAAGGCAGAGACACAGCUUCGGAUCAUGGAUCACUUCAUUUUCGAGAGGUCUUUCAAGGUCUUUGUCAAGCUGGCUGUCGCCAUCUUCACGCUCUUGGAGAAGCGACUGAUCGGACAGGACAUCGAGAAGAUGAUGGAUAUUCUGUUCGAGUCUCAAGCAUGGGACUUGUCCCAGGAGGAGAUCUUGAAGGCUACCUUUGCCGUGAAGACGAAGGAGUACACUGAGUACACAUACCCUGACAUCCACUACAAUAUCGAGCUCCACAUCCUCAAGCACGACAACAAGCACAUGCAUACCCCCAAACAAUUCAGGCACAUCCACAUCCUCCAGCAGUGGACAGAGACUGCGAAAUGGGCUGUACCAAGUGUGACGAACCUUGAGUUGCCUGCCCGCGUAGCUUCAGAAGACUUGCCUGGUUCCACGCCACAAAUCAUGAGUGUGGAGUGUGAGCUGAAGCUGGGCGCAAGUACAGCAGUGAUCUUGGAUCCGAGGACAACCCUCGGCGCGCACCGCACCACGGUGGAUUGCCUUUACAUUGCAGGUGGGUCAAUGUUCCUCAUGGCAAUCUUCCUCUUGUACAAGCUUGUGAGACAGAAUCUCUUGUCAGACACUUUGUUCCUGCUCUUUUUCAUUUUGAGCGCCUUGGGCUGGAUCCUCAUGGGCCUUGCUGGUGACUUCCUGGUGGCUGGAGAGAACUGGGCUACCAAGGUGGCCAAAGUGCUCAUCACCUUGUCCUGGGCUUUCUUGCUGCUGAACUGCUGUUGUGUUUUAGAAGGCGAUUUGCUCCAGAAAGGGGCCCGAGCCUGGGCAGAGGUCGGAUGGGUCAAUAGUCAAUAGCAUACUUUCUUCAGGUCGUCGACCAGCUGACUGAGUGUUGCAAAACCCCAAAGGCGGGAUCAUGCCACAUGCCUGGUGUUGACGAUUUUCCCCUUUGCUUAGACAUGCCAGCAGAGGAAGGCAGUUGACCAAAGUCUCUCUCUCUCUGGCUGGGAUCUUCCCUGAUUGUCUCCACCCAUUUGGUAUUAGAAGGGCAUAGAAGCGCAAUGGAGAUGGAGAUUUAUGAUGUUGUUUGGCGGCUAUCAAGACUGGUCCAAAUCUUAAUCCUUCAAACAGAGAGCAGCUGCGGCUAAGGGGCUGCAGAGCAUAGUGGGAAUUUCUGCCAUCCACUCACUGUCACCUUUGCACACGUGUCACGUAAUCGUUCAUUUCUCCGGUCAGCCAUCGGAAGUGUUACACCAAAUGACGACAGCAAGUUUGAGGGCGAAACCUGCCUCUGCCAUCAGAAUGUCCAAUUCCAGUGUUAAACAAUCCUCCGCGCUUGGUCCUCUAUAAAAUGAC